GAGUGUGAAGUGUGUGUCAAUUGUUAAGUGUAAAAGUUGGAUGUACCAUUGUAAAAACUAGGUAUUAAACUCCUAGAAAAACCCAAAAAUUUGAAAAGGGGAAAAAAAAUAAGAAACUUGUGCUAGUGCUUGAUCCAGACGUUCUUACCAAGGUGAGUGCUACAGUUCUUUGUUAUUGGCGGCAGCCAAAAUGGACAGCGACGCCUCGGCGUCAGAGAAGGGGGAGCCAAACCAGGAGCUGGACACCAAUCCAGCGUCAGACUGGUUUGAGUUUGCCGACGAUCUUGCGUUAAUAUCCACUGGCACAAACAAAUUCUCUGCAGCUCAAAAUUUACAAAACAAAAUAGAAGAAUUACAAGCAAAAUGCGACAGCUUAAAUCUCAUAUUUAAUCUGAACAAAACCAAAUUCAUGUAUAUGUCUGCAAAUAAUAAACAAACCUUUAGUGUAUCCAUCAACGGCCUAAACAUUGAAAAAGUCCAUCACUUCAAAUGGCUGGGAAGAACAAUCAGCGCGAACUCAACCAUUAAGGUACACAUUAGAGAAAUUAAAAGAGCAACAACUUCAGGUAAAAACCUCAUUUCUAAAUUAACAUCUAUCAAGUCAGGCAUUUCACCUAAAACUUCUAUAAAUCUUUUUAAAGCGUUUGUACGAUCCAAAGCAGAAUAUGCCAACACCAGUUACGCCAAUGCCCCUAAAGGGUAUAACAAACAGCUACAAACCAGUGUAAAUGAAACCUUGAGGAGAAGCCUCGGAGUUCCUCCAAACACUCCAACACUCAUGAGAUACGCGCUGGCUUGUGAACUUCCACCUCUUCCCAGAGCUGUAUGGCUUACGGCCAAGGAACUUGUCAAACAGUGGUUGAUCAAUCCUGAACUUAGAACACAGAUCCAGAACAGACCUCCCAUAAAUUCCAGCUACAGCAUAACGUACGAAAAAUUUAAAGCAAUUAUCAACACCAUAGAUACAAAUGUAGCUUUCAAAAGACACCAUAACCUUAACUGUUACGAAUCUGAAUUGGCCCAGUCCAAAAAGAACGUUACUCCUACACAACUCAGAGCUAUCUACAACAAAAAAAUUAACACGCUAAAAGAGGAAGGUUUCAAAGUGUAUGCCACUGAUGCAUCGGUGUCAGAUAACAAAAUUGGCUGUGCAGUCUAUGUGGUAACGGCUAACGUCUCAUACCUGUACAAUAUAGAUGGAAACUUCACAUCAACUUACGGUGAGCUAGUAGCACUUUCUCAAGAAAUCACGAUAGCCAUUAAUAAUGAAAGUAAAAAAAAAACAUUGCAAUAA